AUACUAAUACACAGAUUUCCUAUUUCUAAAUAACUGGUCCUUGUGGGGGCAGAAGAUCCCAUGAAUUCCAUCCUCUCACUAUACUGUUGGGAAACUGAUGCACAAUAUAGCACACUACGUUAUUCACACUAACGAUGCUAGCUGCAACAUUAUGCAUGCACAUCUGGAGCUGGAUCACUGGAGCAGACAGGAUCUCUGGAGUACAGGUUCACUGGAGCUCUGUAUCACUGGAACAGAGCAGAGACCUCGGGCCGAACCUCAGCAUCCUGCUCCAGGGAUAAAAGCCUCCUCAGUCUCUGAUACGCGGUCCGAAUCUAGGAGGCACUUGGAACCCUCCGGCCAAGUUUUAUUUGUUUGUUUGUUUAAGAUUUCUUGGUUUACAAAAGUAUGUGCAAUGUCUCUUUUUUCAAGUUGCGUUUUCUACGGAUCAGUUUCAUUUGUUGCGAGAUGUUAGUGUUAAAUUAGGAAGAAAAAGGGGAAAGAUGGGGAGGGGCCUCUGGCAUGGGCCGCGGUGCUUGGUCUGUUGGAUGCUGGCAAGUGGAACCUCUGGCCCCUGCUCCGGCUGCGCUGGCCUGCUGAGGCGCUGCACCCUCUUGCUCCCAGAUGUGCAGAACCUUCCUUUGUGAUGGCGCUGUCUGCGCAGAGGGUCCCGUUCUCCGAGUGGAGACCCCGUCCCUUUCCGACCAACUCUGCCAGUUCUGCUGCCAUCCCGGUGCCCGGAUGUCCUUCACUUUUCCCAGGACGAGCCCCGCGUGCCCUUGCCCUUAGAAACGCCACGGCUGCUAUUGCUUUAGUCGAUGCAACUGAAAACACGUGUAGUUCUUUGCGGGAAGCGGCGGCAGGAGACGUGGGCCAUCGGCACGGGGAAUGUGCACCGUCGGCAGGCUCUCAAGGGGGCUUCGCUCCCAUUCCUGCCUCUGGUCAGGAGCAAGAGGCUCAUCCUGAUCCCUAGUUCCCAAGGAAAGCCUUCUCGAGAGGUGCCUCCCCUGAAGACCCCGAGGAGGGGCCGACCGAGCCGCCGACCGUGGACAGGACACUCGCUGGGUGAAGGGCUCGCUGGACAGGUCCUUUGCGAGGUCCCAGCUCAGCUCAGGCUACGUUGCACAGGUGCCAUGAUCUGCUGGGUCAAAGGCUGCCAUAACCUCUCUGCCCUUAGACACGUUUCCCCAUUUCGGCUUCUGGGCUUGGAGGCACCGGGAGGGCCACGGAUUUGUUCGCUGCACAAAGCAGGUCAGAGCAGCCAACGCCUAGCAGCAGUGACUCCUCAGGACUGUGGUGGCCAAAGAACUAAGCAACACAACAAGAGAAUCCACUGAGCCCCAGAAACAAGACACAAUAUUAACAUCCCUCCCGCACGAUGGCAGGCAAGAAAAUCCAGACGCCUCCUCUAAGCCCCCCCAAGAAGCAGAUCCCUCUGGGAGAUAAUGAGAAUUCAGACACAGAAUGGACAUUUUAUCCAAGUUCCUUUGGUCACACUUAUCACACGGGGAAAAAGUGUUUCUUUGAGGGUGUACACCUCAGAAACAAAACCACAACAUCUGAAAGGACAGUGGAGAUGUGCUUUGGAAAGAAGAAAUAUGUGACUGAAGAUGCCUCCAGAAAUGGUAUUCCGUUGGUGACACUGGGAGACCACCCUUAUGCCUAUCCAGAACAAAGCAAAGACUUCCACAAACUGGGACCAACCCUGCCUCCAGUGAACUUUGGGAGUUCCAAGUAUAUAAAGCAGUCAGAUACGUUUAUUCCUCUCCAGCACUUGCCAGGAGUUCCUUGCAUCCCUUUCCACAUAAAGGAGAAGCAGCAAGAAUUAGAAAGGGAAAAAAUGGAAGUGAAACGCCUGGACAUUUGGAAGCCCGCUCCAUCUCUGCUGCAGUCUUUGUUUACAACUGGACUGACGAAAUGAUCGACUUUUCUGGUUGCAUGUCAUAAGGUCCCUGGGAAUAUACCUGCUAACAAUUCAUUGUCCUAGAACAAUUGUCAUUAUUUGUAGAAGGUGCUUAUGCCCAGGUACAGGUUUCUUUAAAAAUGAAAUUAGACGUUAGCCAUUUUAGUAUAAAUCACGUUACUUUCUUGAAACUAUUAGUCUGCAUUCACAAAUGAAAAUAAUACAAUUUACACUUGCUCAGUGGUACUUUCAUCUAGUCAAAGUUAAUAUGUUCUAAGGCUGAACCUAGACUUUAAAUUAGAUGCCAGGAGUUUAGAUGCCAACCGUUUGCAUAGCAGAUACAACUCUUGUAUGGCAAAUGGAAAUGGAACAGAGACUUUAGAGUUGGAAGGAACUCAUUCUCUUCUGAUAAUUUCAGCCAAGGAUUUUCAGCCACUUGUGAUGUGACAUUCCUCUCAUGGUCAUUCUAGGCAGUGGCUGCUGGGCUGAGAAGCUGCAGAGAUCCAAGCACUAUGAGACUUUUUUUUUAAAAAAAGAAACCUUCAAUAAACGCAUACAAUUAAAAAUCAGAGCCUUAAUCAUUUCAUACACUUAUUAAGGAAAGUAAUUGACAACUCCAUCCAACACCCACCCUUCCCAGAAUACCUGAGAGGUGGUCCCUGCUGCGUUGAAAGAGCCAGUGAUGCGGCAGCUCCUAAAGAAACUGGCUCUGGACCCGUUUGGACUGAAGCAGUUACUGAGCAGCUAGAAAUGCCCACUUUGGGGGAAACUGGUGGAGAGCGCUGUGGUAGGACAUUCUUGGAGGCAGAGGCACCAACAGGAGGGAGAUUGGGGCUGACAUUGCCAACGAGGCGGCUCCUCCUCCUCCUCCUCCCCCCACUUCCCCUCCGCAGCAGCAGCAGGAGAAGGAGCCAGGCCCUGAGGCCACGCUGCCACAGCAUUCCUAGGAUUUCCACAGAUAGUUUUAAAAAUAAAAAAGUACUUUAUAUGUAGUAUAUAAUCACAAAGCUAAGCUAGUAGGUAAAUAAUUAGAUCACAGAAAAGAAAUAUGAAUGAGCAAAGGAAUGACAACUGUUACCAAAAAUGCACAGUACACAAAAAAGAUUUGGAAAUUUACAGACUAUGAAAAAACUAUAUUGGCUUUGGAAAUGAAAGAUAGGCAGCAUAACUCUGUGCAUACCCACUGAGCAGUAAAUCCUGCUGUGUUGAGUGAGGCUUACUCCCAGGUAACUGGGCUACAGCUGUGGGGCUAAUGUGGGUUGUGCAAGUGACACGGCCCAAGGAGCAAUGCUUCAAAGUGAUUCCAAUUGUUCCAGCUUUUGCAUUUGUUCUGAAAUUACUGAAGGUGUAUGAUGGGACUCUCCCCUGCACAUAUUCCCUUCCAGGCUCUCUGUCCCAUACAAACGUUCCAUUUCAGAAGUUCGAUUUGUGCUUUUGAAAAAUUGUUAUUUAUGAAACCUGUCAAAUGAGUCUGAUGAGAAAUCUGUUUGACAAAUGUCUUCCGGCUAAACAGGGAUUAAAAAACUAAAAAAAC